AUGGCAACUAUUUUUUUCCUGGUUGCCAGUAUAAUAAGCAGGUUUCGGAAUAUCUUGGAUCAUUUUAUCAUUGCUUUUCUGAUAAUAAUUGUUGCAAACGUGCCUCAAGGCCUUCCAGCUAUGGUAAUUUCACAGCUAGCGAUUAUAGGUCGACGAUUAGCCAGCAAAAAUGUUUAUAUCAAGAAAUUGGAUGUUAUUAGCGAACUUGGUGCAACUACUGUAGUAGCUGUCGACAAGACUGGAACUAUUACACAGAAUUUGAUGGUACUUACUGAUCUUUGGUACAAUCGAAAGUAUCAGUUAGAUCACAAAUUUAUGAAUGAUCCCAAAAGUCAUGAUCAAAAUUAUGAACAUUCUGAAUGCAAGCAGCCAUUAUCUGAUAUGUUUGCUGUGAUGAGCAUUUGCAAUCGCGCACAUUUUGAGCAUAUUGACAAAUUGCCUACUUCGAGAAAACCACUUCAAGAUGCAACUUCUAUGGAAACGUUGCAAGGAGGCCCAAUUAAUAAGCGGUUUACUGUACUGUUAGUUGAUACUAAUGAAGAUGGCACUUUACAAAAUAUUAUCAUUAUCACUAAUUUUUGCCGAGAUUCUAUUACUGGAAAGCCAAGCCCUGUAUUCAGUAAGCAAAAUGACUUAAUCAGAAUCAAAGUAUCUAAUAAAGCCGAGCAGAUAAAAGAGCAUCAAACUAGCAGUAAUACAUUUGAACAAAAUCACAUCUAUGGCUCUCCUUCAGAUGUAGCAUUACUUCGCUAUGUAGAAAUGUUUCUGUCCGUAAACCGAAUACGCUCUAAUUAUUUUUUUCAGAAGGUUUUUGACAUGCCAUUCAAUUCUGUCCGUCGCUACCAUUUAGUAAUUGCACGAGACCUCACGCAAGAAUCAGAAAAUGCAAAAAAUGAGCCAAAUAUUGUUGUGAAAUUUGUGAUUAUGAUAAUUGGUGCACCAGAAGUUGUAUUAGACUGUUGUACUUUUUUACAAAUUGAUCAGGAGCAAAUACCAAUUGAUGAGGACCUUCGACAAGAAUGCCAAGCUGCUUGGGAACAUUUUGGUAACGAGGGAAAACGAGUUUAUGCGUUUGGCAUGAAACGCAUCACUGCUGACAUAAAUUUCAAAUUUACAUCUUCAAACGUAGAAUUAGCUCAAUUAACAUUUCUUGGAAUGGCAGCCCUGAUGGAUCCACCAAGAGAUGAUGCUGCAAAUGCGAUAAAACAAUGCAAAGAAGCUGGAAUCAAAGUCUAUAUGAUCACGGUUUUAAUAUUUUUAUGCGAUCACCCCACAACUGCAAUGGCCAUUGCUCGAAAAAUUGGGCUUAUUGGCAGCAGCGAUGAAAUGGUUGAGUCAAGCAGUCGAGAACGUGUAAAGUUAAGCGUUAUCGAGGCAAAAGAAAUUAAUUGGAGUGUUGUAGUGGGCAAUGAUGUGGAUAAUAUGGAUAAAAAUGGAUGGAAUAAAUUAUUUAAAAAGAAAUACAUUGUUUUUGCAAGGACAAAUUCCCGUCAGAAACUUCGAAUUAUUGAGGAAUGCCAAAAACGUGGAGAAAUAGUUGCUGUAACGGGUGAAGGUGUUAGCGAUGCCCAAGCAUUAGCAUCUGCAAAUAUUGGUAUUGCUAUGGGUAUUACAGGUAGUGAUAUAGCCAAGCAAUCAGCAGAUAUUAUUUUAACAGACGAUAACUUUGCUUCAAUCGUAAAAGGUAUAGAAGAAGGACGAUUGUUAUUCGACAAUUUGCGCCUUUCAUUAGCAUAUACUUUGACUCAUCUUUGGCCUGAAAUAUUCCCUGUUAUUUUGCAAUUUACACUUUACUUACCACUAGCAUUGUCACCUCUGCAAAUUCUCAGUAUUGAUCUAGCUAGUGAAUUACCACCAUCAAUCUCGUUAGCAUAUCAGUCACCGGAAAGUGAUAUUAUGAGAGUUCCCCCGCGACAUCCCAAUGAUCGUCUUUUAUCUCGACCACUUAUUAUUUAUUCAUUUGCUUUUGCUGGUACAAUAAUUACUACUGGAUGUAUCGUGUCGUUUUUCUCUGUCUACUGGUAUCACAACAUCAAAGUAAAAGAUUUACUUUUUACUGCUGAGAAUUAUUGGUCUGCAGAUGCUGGAAACUUUACAACUUCUGAAGGACAAAUAUUUUCAGCGUCGGAACAAAUGUUUAUCAAAGGUCAAGCUGCAGCAGCAUGGCAAAUUACUUUAGUACUUUCUCAGAUUUUUCAUUUAUAUAUGUGUGCGACACGUCGAACAUCGUUUUUCCGUCAAGGUAUUACAAAUUUGGUAUCAUUUUUUGCAGUUAUUAUCGAACUUUUAUUGCUUAAUUUGUUUAUUUAUACUCCAUUCGCACAAUCCUUCAUGGAAACCCAAUCGCCUCCAAAUCAGUAUAUCCAUUUACAUAAUUUUUAUUGCUUUCAAUUUCCGGUUUGGCUUUAUGGUAUCAUUGCUGGCAUAAUUUUGCUCAUAUUCACAGAACUACGCAAAUUCUGUAUUAGACAAUGGCCAACGAAUCCUUUGAUUAAAUUUAUAGUUUUCUGA